AAGCAAACCAAAGAUCAACACCAGCGUGCAAAUGAACAUUCCGACUACUUUGAAUGAACCGUACUAUUCAUGGAGGUGAACAAUGAUCGGCUAAAAGCAGAUCAGAGUUGCACAGAUCGAAAGUUCAUAACGAACACAGUUACUGUUGGACAAAAUGCGACCCUGACGUGUCCUCUUCAGAAAUCUCUCCUGCACCAAGAAACCUACCACUGGAUCAGACUUGUUUCUGGAAACUGGCCGGAAUAUCUGGGAGGAACAUUUAACUUUGAUUUUGAUGGUGUUACAGAGAUAACUCACAUUACAGCAAAGCAAGAAAAUGAAGCAUUUGUUCUCCAUAUUAAUGGAGCUAAGAUUAAUGAUGCUGGUCUUUAUUACUGUAUUAAAGUAAAACAGCUUAAUCUGACCUUUAUUAAAAGAACAUUUCUAGAAAUUAAGGGACCAGAACCAGAUAUCACUGCUGUCAUUCAGGAGCCUCCAUCUGAGCCGCUAAAUCCAGGAGACCCAGUCAAUCUGCAGUGUUCAGUCUUCUUUAAGACCGAGAAGAAAACUUGUCCAGCAGAUCACAGUGUGUUCUGGUUCAAAGCCGGAUCAGAUGAUCGUCAUCCCAGUUUUCUUUAUCUUCAUGGUAACAGCGGUGAUAAAUGUGAGAGAACUCCUGAGACUAACACCACACAGAAAUGUGUCUACAGCUUCUCCAGUGAAGUUACCUCCUCUGAUGCUGGGACGUUUUACUGUGCUGUGGCCACAUGUGGAGAGAUUUUAUUUGGAAAUGGAACCAAACUCGAUUUUCAAGGAUCCACUUUGAGGUUGCGGGAUACCAGUGCAGUUUUUUUUCUGCUGGGUUCUGUCUUGGCUCUAAGUCUGAUUGCUAUAGCUGUCCUCAUUUAUGCCAUGAAGAAAAACAACUGUGAUCAUUGUCAAGCUGCAGACACACAGAAACACAGCUGUGGUCAAGACAGCCAACAGAGUGGUGAGGAAAGAUGGAUUUACUCUGCUGUCGUCUUCACCAUGGCAAAAACUAACACCAGAGCAAUAAAGGAAGCAGUAGAGAGACGCAGGAGCUACGCUAAAAUCAAGACUCUUGGGUUUGAUUAGUCAGUUAAUAGAUUUUUGACAUCUCUUUUUUCAGACUCCAACUUCAUGUUUGUUUAGAGUCAAAUUUAAUAAUUCUGUACUUGUGUAUUAAUGUAUGUCUAUAAAUCGUGUAUUAAUAUGAUUUUAUAAACAAGCUGUCUUUAUGUUUAAAGGUGUUUGGAGUAAAUCUCUCUAAAAGUGUUGUUGCAUCUAUGAAAGGAGAAUCCACACUCUCCUCUUCUAUGUAAAAACAAAAUAGGCCCAAAAACCAAUGUAAUGUUGUCAUAAUGGAUUUCAAGUUUAAAUAUAUCAAUGGUGUAGUUGCUUCAUUCGACCACUCAAACAAAAUUAUUUAGUUACCGCGAGCAUUCCUGAAAUAAUAUUAUAAUUGAGAAAACCACCAGAAAGAAUAAAUUCAGGGGACCCAAAGCUCGGCAAAUUUAAGAAAUGAUAUAUAUAUGUAAAAAAAAAAACAUUUAAGUGUUUUUUUUUAAUCAGUACCUGAAAUGUAUAGUGGGACAAAUGAGUAAUUUGAAAGUUGGAUCAUCAUGCAUGAAUCAUGUUUGGAUAAACAUUGGUAACACUGGUGUACUAAAUUGUAUUAAGAUUAUUUGUUUUAUGAUUAUAUGUGUGUGACGUGUGUGAUUAUCUGUUCAGCCUACCUGCCAAUAUGGCUGUUUUUAUUGUAAUUAUUAUUAUUUUCAGAAAACUUUAUAAAAUACAAAAAAGUAUGAAAACUUUCAUCUGGCUUG